GGCUCAUUCUAUUUGUUGGGUUCAUCUUAAAUUACUAGAGUUGAUCAAUAAGGAAACUUUUGGGGCUUUUUGAUAUGAGAGGCCUUAAUUUUAUUUAUUUAUUUAUUUAUAUUUUUGAAAGAAAUCAUGUGUUCUUGCUGUAAUGAUGAUAUGUUUUGAUUGGUUCUUUUAAUUUUUUUCCAAGAAUCUCUCUCUCUCUCUCUCUCUCUCUCUCUCUCGCUUAGAAUUAGCACCUAGAAACUUGAUGAUGGGUGCAAAACCAUUAUUGAUGUACAACCAGACAAAGAACAAUGAGAAACAAUUCUCAAAUUUUUAUUAAUUCUCAAAAUUUAAUUGUCAGUAAUAAUAUGUAGUUACAGUGGAAUUAUCAAUAUACUAUUUACUAUUUGGCUAUGUAAAUAAUGAUAUGUAUCUAUGCAUUACUUCCUAAUUACUGUAUACUAUUUUAGUUUGGGAUUGCAAUCUCAAAAAGGAUUUGUAAUUAGUUAUUAAGUCCACCAAUACCAUUUUUUUUUUCAUUGUGGAAUUUUAAUUAUUUGAUUUGGAAAGCUCUAACUUGGUUUUCUUUUCCCUAUUCUCUCUUCUUCCUCUUUUCCAUCCUCUGCUAAAGUACACCUCAUAGCUCUCAAAACCUUAAUUUCAAUUCUUCUGUAAAAUCUUGUUUCUCAUUUUUAAAUACUUUUUUAUUAUUAUCAUUUUUUUUAUCAAUGGAUAUAAUAGUAAUCCUUACCUUGAAUUUCUUUGUUUAUAAUACUAAAGUUAUUUUUUUUCUUAAUGCUAGAUUUAGCAGAAUGGCCUCUAACAAGAAGAGAAACAUUGAUGGUUGCAGUGUGCAUGACAUUAAUCCGUGGGAUGAGAGAAGAUGGGAGGAAUUCGACAUUAAUAUCCUUAGAGAAAUAUUUUCUAUAUUACCCAACUGUGACCUGUUUUGCAAUGUCUCCUCUGUAUGCCAGUCAUGGAUGUUGGUCUGUUGGGAUAUCUUGUUUUGGAGACAUAAUAUGCUUGAUUUGACUCCUGUCUUGGAAGCUUCUGCAAAUUUUAAUUUCAGAUUUCAAAAAUCAAUGAGUAAGCUGCUAAGGACUGUAAUGGAGGGUCAUGAUGCUAAUGGCUUUUCUCUAGAGCGAUGGAGAUUAUCUGUCAAGACUGUUGUGAUCCCCAAAGGUCUUGAUAUUACUGAUGAACACCUUCUGUACAUAGCCAAAAGAACUCCUAACCUUGAAGAUCUUGUACUAGAGGGCACUUAUAAGAUAACAGAAAAAGGCUUUGCUGACGCAAUAUGUAAUUGGAAAAAAGUUCAGCAUAUAGUUCUUCCACUACAAAUGCAGGAAUCUUGUUUUGUUCAGAUCAUACAAGCGAUUAGUGAAAACUGCUCUGAACUUGAGACUCUAUACGUAAUCAACCCUCUUGAAAUGAUGAGAUUUGUAACAGCUGAUAUAGCUGAGACUUUAUGCAGAAUGAAGACCUUAGUGACCCUAGUUUUUGAAGGUGCUUGCUUGUACAGGGAGGCCAUUAAUAUGAUCUUUGAUGAGUGCCUUAAGCUGGAAACAAUUCAUAUACGGGACUGUUGCUUAAUGGCGGAUGGCCUUGAAUUGGCAGGUUUUAUGACUGCCAAUAUAAGGCUUGGUGAAAUGGAAAUUGGCAGUGGGCGCUUAUGGAGAAUUGAAGGAAGUGAAACAAGAGGGAAACCUGAUCAAGUGUCGUAUGUGCAGAAGAAAUUUAUGCAAUGGAGGAAUGAAUCACCAGGUUUAUAUUUUGAUAUUGAGUUGAAUGAUGAAAACGCUUUAUUGGAUGAUGAUGAUUUUAUUGUUUUGUAAGUUAAAAGAGUAGAUUUAACCAAAGUAAAUUAUCUUAUGAUUAUUUGUAUUUAUUGACUAAUGGAGAUUAGAGAAUUUAUGCAAGUAGUGGCUUUUCAACUCUUAUUAUUGGUUUCAUUUCAAUUUCACAGAACAAUUAUCUCUUAGGGAGCAUCCUUUCCCUAGUACAAUAAUGUAACGGUUACAUGUGAGGAAUUAAAAAUGAAAAUUAUUAUUUAGUCUA